UACACGGUUGGGCUGGCCCAUAUUUGAGAAGCCCCUUUAAAAACCUAACACUAACCCUUCCUUUCUUUGCCGAAUGUGUCUCUCCGCAGCAGCCACACUUCUUCGCCGUUUCAGCUGAAGAGCCAUCCGCAGGUAAGCAAUGGUUAAGCAUAAUAAUGUUAUCCCCAAUGGGCACUUCCGGAAACACUGGCAAAACUAUGUGAAGACUUGGUUUAAUCAACCAGCCCGAAAGACCAGAAGACGGUUGGCUCGGCAGAAGAAGGCUGUCAAGAUUUUCCCCAGGCCUACUGCUGGAUCUCUCAGGCCUAUUGUUCAUGGCCAGACUCUGAAAUACAACAUGAAAGUCAGAGCCGGGAGAGGAUUUUCACUGGAAGAAUUGAAGGCUGCAGGAAUUCCCAAGAAACUUGCUCCAACUAUUGGGAUUUCUGUUGAUCACCGCAGAAAGAAUCGUUCUUUGGAGAGUCUGCAGGCCAAUGUGCAGAGGCUCAAAACCUACAAGGCUAAGUUGGUUGUGUUCCCAAGAAGGGCACACAAGGUCAAGGCUGGUGAUUCUAGCCUUGAAGAGCUGGCAAAUGCCACUCAAGUCCAGGGUCCAUUCUUGCCCAUUGUGAGGGAGAAGCCAACUGUUGACCUUGUUAAGGUAACAGACGAAAUGAAGGCCUUCAAAGCAUACUAUAAGCUUCGUCUUGAACGCACCAACAAACGCCACCAUGGUGCCCGCCUAAAGAAGGCUGCUGAAGCAGAGAAGGAGGACAAGAAAUAAGGUCCUUGAGAAGACAGUUUGUAAUCCAUAUUAUAGUUGUGAGAAAUUUUUGUUUGAUGGUCUGCGCCCUUAGCUUUAUGGAGAUCAUGAGUUUUAAAGCACCACCCUUACAAUUUUUGUUUGAACUCAAGUCUGUUAAUUUAAUUAGCACUCUGGUCUGUUUUGAUUAUUUCUUUGGUUUUGUCCUUGGUUGUUCAAGUUGUCUUUUUUAAUUGUUAGCAUGCACGCUUUCCAGGCA